GAGCCUGCCACUCCUGCACCGGAAGUCCCGCCCAACCGUCCCGUGCCCGGAAGUGGAGGCUGAACGCGCCGAAGACGGAAGGUCCAAAAGGAGGUUGAGGGAGAGACCCAGGCCCAAGUCAGCCAUCAUCUGUAACCAUUAAAAAGAAGAAAGAAAUUUACCAAAAACUAAACUAACACAUCAAGAAGGUUGAAUAUCAUCUAUAAUAUUACAUAACCAUAGUUCUUCACCUCAACCAAGAAGAGAGGAAGGAUCCCCUAGGGGUACCAUUAUGAUUUGCCCACUUUCUUGAUAACAUGGAGGAGGUCCCUGAGGAGUCCAGCAAUGGAAUGGCCUUACCUCCCCAAGAGGAUUCCAGUUCAUCACAGCAAUCACAGGUUAAGUCCAACAAGAGAUUAAGGCCCUCAGUUCCAGUUGGGCCCCCCCAGAAGAGAAAGAAAAGAAAAAGUUCAUGGAGACGGCCGUCUGCAAGAGUUGGCUACCACAUUCAUGAAGCUGAGGACAUGUUGCUGAUUGUACCCAAUCUGGAAGAGCCAGCAGCACGGGCCCAUAGGAAAAAGGCCUGCCAUCUUAGGAAGUUAGCUCGACCUACCACUAAUGUCCACCAGCAUCGUCGUACACGCCGAGAACGGACUCGACACGAUGUAGAUCUCAGCCUAGGGCAGGAGAAACAGUCUUCUCCUGAAGAUAGCACUAUUUCAGGGCCAGGUUGGGGAAACCACAUUCCUCUGGAGAUCUUGGUUCGAAUCUUUCAAAUGAUAGUGGCAUCUGAGGGGGCAGUGCCCUUCCUUUGCAGGGCUGCCCGUGUGUGUCGCCUUUGGUAUGAUGCUACCUCCCACUCUGUGCUGUGGCAGAAGGUGUCUCUGGCCCCACCUUGGCCUCCUCACUCAAAGGGUCCUUUUUCAAAAGUGGAGAAGAGGAUUCUUAGUUCUCUGGAGUGGCUGGUACCCAACAGAUUUUCAUUACUCCGGGACCUCUCUCUAUCCCACUGGAAAAACCAUGUACCUCUGAUGCUGAAGGCUGUUGGGGUAUCUUGCCCCCACCUCACAUCUCUCAAGCUUUCCCACUGUCAGUCUGUGACAACAGAGGCGUUGGUUUCCCUGCUUAGGACCUGCCCCAAGCUGGAUAGCCUUAACCUGCAGAACUCCCAGGUGGAGUCAACAGCAGUUGUUAGCUUUCUGGAGGCAGCAGGCGCACAACUCCAACAGCUAUGGCUAACUUAUAGUAGCCAAAUGACUGCCAUUGUCUCCUUACUGUCGAAUGGCUGCUGUCCCCAACUCCAACUCCUUGAAGUGGACACAGGUAUAAAGCCCAAUAAUCAACACUUUCAGCUACAUAUUGAAGCUCUGCAGGCUGGCUGUCCCAAGCUCCAGGUCCUGCGGUUACUGAACUUAGUUUGGUCCCCCAAGACGGGAGGGCGUGGGGUAGCCCUGGGACCUGGUUUCCCAGACCUGGAGGAGCUCUGCCUGGCCACAUCCACAAUCACCUAUGUGAGUGAUGAAGUUCUCUACCGCCUGCUGCAUAAGUCUGCUCACCUGCGGGUGCUGGACCUCCGAGGCUGUGCCCGCCUCACUCCUGCAGGCCUGGGCCGCUUGCCUUGCCCUAUCGUAGAACAGCUACACCUGGGUCUGUAUGGCUCAGUGAUUUGGGUGGCCCUGCCCAAGGAGGGUAGCUCCUUGAUCACAUGGAAGUGGCGUCGGACUCUCCAAGAGCUAGACCUCAAUGGCCAGUGCUACCACGAAGGAGAUCUGAAGCAGGCCCUGGCAGCUUUUUCAAGCACAGACAGUGGGCACAGCCCCAUCCUUCGCUCUCUUAGCCUCAAAGGCACCCAAGUUACUGUGGCAACUAUCAGCUCUGUGAUCAGCAGCUGCCCAGCACUCAGCUACCUCAACCUGUCCUCAUGCCGAUACCUUCCUCGGGGCCUGAAGAGAGCCUACCGAGGCCAGGCAGAGAUCCAAUGGUGCUUGGACCAGCUGCUUACCAUCUUCUAGGACCCAAUUAAAGCCUCUCACAAGCCUCCUGUCCCUGCAUCCCUUCUUGAAGAAGGUGGUUCCUGUCUCUUCCCUUUUUCCCAUUUUUAAAAAUAUUAAAGAUUUUGUAGGGGGCAGCUGGGUGGCUCAGUGGAUUGAGAGCCAGGCCUAGAGACAGGAGGUCUUAGGUUCAAAUCUGGCCUCAGACACUUCCUAGCUGUGUGACCCUGGGCAAGUCACUUCAUCCCCAUUGCCUAGCCCUUACCAUUCUUCUGCCUUAGAACCAAUACACAGUAUUGAUUCCAAGAUGGAAGGUGAGGGUUUUAAGAAAUUUUUGUAAAAUUAAAAUCCUUUUCUAAAAAUAACAAGAAUUAUAUCCAUCCUGGGUCAGGAAAGCAAAGGUCUGAGGGAGUUGAAGGUGAUUUCAAAUGUCCAGAGACCUCUUAAUGUCAACAUCUCCAAAAAAGCUCUGGAUGAAAUCCUUUGUCUUUUGUAUGAAGUUUUUCCUGAUUCCUACCCUGCAAUUGCUAGUGCCCCCCUCCCAAGCUAUCUUUUUUUAAAAAAACCAUUACCUUUCAUUUUAGAAUCAAUACUGGGUAUUGGUUCUAAGGCAGAAGAGCAGUAAAGGCCAGGCAAUGGGGGUAAAGUGACUUGCUCAGGGUCACACAGCUAGGUCAGCUGUCUGAGGUCAGAUUUGAACCCAGGACCUCCCAUCUCUGGGCCUGGCUCUCAUUCCACUGAGCCACCUAGCUGCCCUCUCCUCCCAAACUAUCUUGUAUUUAACUACUUUGUAUAUAUUUGCAUUCACUUUAUAUUUAUGCUAUCUAUAUUUUUAUAUCUAUAUUUUAUACAUUAGAAUGUAAACUGCUUUUGAGAGGAAUUUUUUCAUUAUACUUGUAUUACCAGGGCACAGCACCACAAGAGGCAUAAAGUACUUAAUAAAUAUUUGUUGAUUGAUUGAUUGGAACUUACCCUCUUCCCUGUAUCCAUGUAGGAUAUGGGAAUAAAAAGUCUAAGCCCCAUUGUC